UACCUGGGGGAGGGAAGAAGGAAGAGAUUUACAACAGAGCUUUUCCUUUACAGAUGCUAUUUAGCCCUUCCAGUCGAGAAAGCUUGUGAAGAUAGUCACUGAUCAAAUUGGUCCCCUUGAUGGAAGAGGGAGCAUCUACAAAUGAACACAAGAGACUAGAAUCUUUUUCUCAAGAUCUGAAACAACUCACUGAAGCUUUCAUGCAACAUGGCUAGAAAAUCCAAGGAGUGCCUCCAGAAGAAGAAGGAAUGGAAUUGUAUUUGGAGUACACUAAAAGUGUUUCUUACUCUGGCUUUUGUCAGAUGCUGCCUUGGAGCUGAAGAUUUUUCCUCAUCAUUAAACUGAACAGCCCUUAAAGAUGGCUCCCAAGAGGCUCAAGAAGAUAUUCUUUUUCACAAUGGCUUUGGCUUCUGCUGUUUUCUGUUUGCUUAUCAAAUGGAGUUCUGAUGGGAUUUGCAUAUUCUGCCAGAGAAAGGGUGAGGUUGUUUCCUUUAAGAGAGACAGUGGAAAUUUUCUUCAGCUGCCUCAUACAGAUUGCAGUAGGAAUCCCCCAUUCCUGGUGAUUCUUGUAACAUCAUCUCAUGUGCAAUCCAAGGCUCGGAUGGCCAUUCGUGAGACAUGGGGCAAAAAAACCCUCAUCGCCAACAAAGGCAUUGUGACUUAUUUUCUUCUGGGAACUGCCUUGAAUCAUGAUGACCAGAUUGCUGUUACAUCUGAGAGCCUGAAAUAUGGAGACAUUAUCCAGAAGGAUUUUAUAGACACUUAUUACAACUUAACACUAAAGACCAUGAUGGGCAUUGAAUGGAUUCAUAAAUUCUGUCCACAGUCCAGCUUUGUGAUGAAAACAGACUCUGAUGUGUUUGUGAAUACUUAUUAUCUGACAGAACUCCUGAUAAAGAAGAACAGGAACACCAGAUUUUUUACUGGCUUUUUAAAACUGAAUGAGCGGCCAAUACGGACAAUAAUCAGCAAGUGGUAUGUGAGUAAAGAAGAAUAUCCAGGAAACACAUACCCUCCCUUUUGUUCAGGGACAGGUUAUGUUUUUUCAACAGAUGUUGCCAGUAGAGUGUAUAAUAUUUCUGAAAAUGUCACCUUUGUUAAAUUGGAGGAUGUUUUCAUAGGACUGUGCCUUGCUGAACUCAAUAUCAAGCUAGAAGAACUUGACUCAAAGCAAACGUUCUUUCCAGAAAGGCUCACAUUUUCACCCUGCUACUUUAAGAAAAUUGUGACAAGCCAUUUUGUCAAACCUCAUGAGCUGCUGAUCUACUGGAAUGCACUAGAGAGGUCCAUGGAUGAAAGGUGUCCUACUAGUGGUUAUCCUUCUGGUUAUAAAACACCACCACCACACCAGUCCUGACACAGUACUCAGGAAGUGCAGAAAAAUACAAAGGUUUGAAUGUAGAAAUCUUUGCUUAGAGACUGAUUUCAAGAGACAUUUCAUUAAGGGGUAUAAAGAAGUGCUCUUUUGGGAGGGAGAGUAACAGUUGGGUGAUUUGCAUUUUUUGAAGAAGUAAAUCCCACCAUGUUCAGUGGGGCAUACUCCUGGGUAACACUGCAUAGCAUUGCAGUACAGGUUGAGUUUCCCUUAUCUGGAAUUCUAACAUCCAAAAUAUCACAAAAACCAAAACUUUUUUCAU